UACCCACCGACUUGCUCUGACAACAACCCAAAACUCGAGCCCCUCCAGGCCCUCGUCUUUAGACACACCACUCAAAUACAUCUCAGUAUUUGAGUGCUACUCAUUAUUACAUCACCGCAGCAUUUCGGGAAGACACUCCACAGCACACGCAACUUGCGUUCCCUCUCGCUCGACAUUGAGGAUAUGCUAGAUGAUAACUUGGAUAUCCACCUCGACUGUCAAUUGUACACGAGUACAGCAUGGAUACACCAAAUCCAUUUGUCCAUAUACAAGAUUUCGGAAAAAUCGGCCUACUUUUGAGCGAAAGAGACACCCAAGCCUUGAUCUCCUUCCGCGAGAAACACGCGUCUCAGGCAGCGAACUCGCGCGAGUUUUCGAACUGCGACUUCACUUUAUGAAUCCCCAGUGGGAUAAAUGGGUGAAGAACACGGUAGCCAGAGAUGCCCAUAGCCUCUUAGGGUUUCCUCCACAAUGUGAAUGUGAAUUUGGCAAAAUGUUGUUGCGAUCAGCCGCGUCAGUAGCACAACCUUUGCCAUUGAAAUCAUAUGAAGGUCGGCCAGUCUUUGGUACGAUUGAGAUAACUCUUGCCGUUCUGGUAUAUAGGUGGAGAUGUUUCCAUCUCGUAUCGUGCCAUUCCAUAUGAACGGUCGACUACAUGGCCAGAGGAAGGCUGCUUUAGCACCCUCGUUCUAGGCUUCCGAGCAGGCUCUGUCCAGACAAUUGUGCCUCUACAGUCUGGCUACUAAUUAUCUCUGACAUACAAUCUGGUGCAACUUGUCAAUGACUCCCAGCUGCAAACACCUGU